AUGUCUGACCGAAGGUACGAGAGGAUAUGGAGAGAGGCGGAGAAGGAGUUAGUCCAGGUGGUGAAAGAUGACAAAGAGUACGUUGACGAAGAUGUUAUCGAAGACAGACAAAGGGCUUAUAGAGACGCAUCUUUGAAUUAUAUCCGAUACUCAAUGUGUGCCAACAAGCUGAAUAUCUGCUUGGACCAGAUGGUACACGUCGACAAGAGAGCCACAAUCCGAACCCUCCUAGAGGCCACGCUGAGUCGACUCCUGCAGGUCAAACGGGAGUUGGUCAACCAGGACGUCUCGGACUUCAAUUACAUAGACGGGGCUCUAGUCGACCUGAAGUUGACCCCAUAUGAUGUAGAGAUACAGGUGCCCCGAUUCUAUAGGCGAGAGCGAGCCGCUAAGAUCCAACAAGUCAACACUGACAUAGAUCGCAUUCUAGAGGAACUAGCAACUCCAUCACCUACUGAAGAUGCAGAAGAAGGAGAAACUCCAAAAGAGGUCGAUGAUAAAGAUGAGGGGAAGGAAAAGGAAGAGCCUAUGAAUAAACCUGGUCCUAAUCCCAAAUGGCCAUCAUUGUUCAAAAAAGUUGAACUUACUGAAUCAGAAAAGAUUUUCAAAGCUACGAUUCUUUUGAUCCAAAGACAUGAACGAGCUCGAGUGGCACGUCUAAAUACACACAAAUUGAAAGAAAAGCAGCGUAUUCAGCACGAGAUUGCGUGGCAGAUUUUCAAGCCUAUCCCUGAGGAUGUCCAGGAGAGGUCAGUGAUUCUCAUUCAAAGAUUCUGGCGAGGGUACGCAUUAAGGCACAAGCAGUUGCAUCAUCUCACUGAGGGAAGGCUUUUGAUGGGUGAGUUGACGCCCAGCUGGCGGCCUCACGAUGAAGAGGACUAUGCCAGAGAAGUGGAGGAGGAACGUUACCUCAAAACGCUUGCUGCGGACGAAGAACAUGCUCGUGAUAUGGUGGUGCUUAAAGAGAAAGUUCUUCGUGGUGACCAGGAUGUGAAAGAUGCUAUCGCAGACCAUCUCAGAUGGUACAUCGAAGACUGGUACCGCAAGAUCGGAGAGCUACCAGAGUUCCCUGAGCCCACUCUAGUACCGGAACCAGAAGAACUUCUAGGUUUCCCCAAAGACACGCCAAGCGAGUUUAUCAAGAGGUUAGAAACGAAGGUGACAGCAGUACCAACCUCAAAAAUAUUGGUUCCUGGACUGCCACCAGGCAUGAUUGGGGGUUCCGCUAUCAUUGUGGCCAACUUCUGGAUUGCACCAGCCCUCUACGAGCUAGCGCACACGGCCGCUCGACUUGCCAAGGGUAAGGGUGGUAACAAAAAUCAGAAGAAAGAGAAGCUCAACAAGCAGCAGCUGAAAGAGUUAAAGGAGGAGGAGAAGGAGAAGAAAAGACUGCAAAAAGAGGCGGAACAGAAGGAACUGGAAGAGAAGCUGAAGCGCGGAGCAGUUCCGACCCCUACGGAUCUCCUGGAGCCCUUUGACAGACAUUUGAUAGAGUCGAGUUUCAAGUGGAAAGAUUACGAGGACCUUGAGUGGAACCCUACACAGCGCCACCGACAAGACUUGCCCCACAUUUCUAUGACUCACGAAAGGCACUUGGAGUUGAGGGAGGUGGUGGAUGAGCUGAUGAGACUGGAGAUAGAGAAACUCCAGGCGGCUCUGGACAGAGAUAGAGGUAAGAAGACAAAAGGGGACAAAAAGAAGAAGAAAAGGCCUAGAGGCAAGAAAGGAAAGAAGGAUCCAACUGCAGAUAGGACUACGGAGUCCUUAUUCAAGGAGUUGGUGGAAAACGGAAUUAUCAAGAAGACACAGGAUGUCAGUAUAGAUACCUUCUUUUGUCAACCGUCUUGGAACAGUUACGAUCUCAGAAGAGAUCCGUGGUGGCAGAAUCCCCCGCCAAAUCUCUGGGACGUGAAACAGGUUGUGAAGGAGUACUGUAUUCUGCCGCUGGGGUCUGCCACGGUCCACCGCUCAGCGCCCCUUGUCCGCUCCGUGCUGUUGGCAGGCUACCCGGACUGCGGCAAGCGGACACUCGUGGAUGCCGUGGUCGCCGAGACCGGUUCCGUCCUCUUCGAUCUCAGCCCGACCAAUACGGCCGGCAAAUAUCCCGGAAAGAAGGGUCUCAAUAUGCUCGUUCAUCUUGUCACAAAGAUGUCCAGAAUCCUCCAACCCUCCGUGAUAUUUCUGGACGGUGGAGAGAAACCCUUCUACAAAAAAGUGCCGAAAACGGAGAAAGACGACAAUCCGAAACUGUUGAAAAAGCAAUUGCCCAAGAUGGUGAAAGCGGUGACUCCAGACGACCAGGUGCUCUUCCUUGCGACCGCCGAGAACCCAUGGAUGGGCCAAGCAAACUCCUUGGUGAAGACAUACAACAAAAUAAUCCCAAUGCUGCCUCCAGAUCAGAGCAUCUCGGCCGCUUACUGGCAUUCCCAGUUGAUGAAGUACCAUGGAGUAGAGAGGGAUUUCCUAUACUCGCCACUGGCCUGGUGCGCGCAGGGAUAUCCACUACCCACGAUAACCCAAGUGCUACAGGAGGUGCUGACGGCAGAGAGAGUGAUAGCCCUCAGGAACCGACCCCUAGACCCUCAGGAGUUGCUGGACGUGCUACUUAAGAUCCCACCCAUAUCGGAGGAGCAGACGAAGAAAUUGUUAGAAUGGUACGAGUCGACCUACCCCUUGGCCAAAACCCGGGCCGAGAAGACUAAAGCGGAUGCGGAAUUCAGAGAAAGACUGGCGGCAAUCGAGGCGAAGAAGAAUGAACAAAAGAAGAAAAAGAAAUAGUGCUCAAAUUAUGUGUAACAAUUUGUCUUCUGGUAAUUUAGUUUUUGUUCAGUAAAAAAGUAUGUGUUUGUUUGCUUUUUGAAAA